GCACGUGGCGCGCACACAGAAACGGAAAUACACGUUGUACUUUGCUAUAUUAGCCACCAAGGGGGCUCCUUAACGCUAGCUAAAACAAACAAACAAACAAUUCAGAGAUAAAAAGUGACAGUUUGUGCACGGAAUUAACGAAAGCAUCAUCUGUGCACAACCCGAAGCGGUUACUGUUUUGGGGUGGUUUCUGCUCGUCAUUGAAUUAAAACGAGGUGUCGGCGAAGAAAUUGUUUCCUGAGGGUCCGGAGAGGUUUCGAGUUCCUUCUUCAGCGGUUCAGAAAAUGUUGAAGAAAUGAUAGCAGCGCAGGAUUUGCACGCAGAGUUUCAGUUUCCUCAAGAUGCAGAAUCUCAGUUAUCUUCAGAUACUGACCUUGAGGAUCCUGAUGGAAGAAAUGCAAGAGCAGGAAGAGGAAUGGCAGCAAAGAGGGGAAGGAAGGCGCUGGGAGAUAAGGCCAAAGGUGCGGGAACAGGAAGGCUCCCUGGUACCGGCUGGCUGAAUGGCCAUCAUCAGGAGAACGGGACGGAGAAUAUGAGCUUGUUUGAAGUGGUUAAAAUAGGAAGGAGUGCCACACAGUCUGUUGUUGACGACUGGAUUGAGACCUACAAACAAGACCGGGACAGCGCCCUCUUGGGCCUGAUCAACUUCUUCAUUCAGUGCUCUGGAUGUAAAGGUGCUGUGAGCGGAGAGAUGUUCAGACAUAUGCAGAAUUCUGAAAUCAUCCGAAAAAUGACAGAGGAGUUUGACGAGGACAGCGGCGAUUAUCCACUAACGCUCUCAGGACCACAGUGGAAGAGAUUCAGGAUAAACUUCUGUGACUUCAUCGCGGUCCUGGUGCGGCAGUGCCAAUACAGCAUCAUUUACGACGAGUACAUGAUGGACACAAUCAUCUCACUACUCACUGGCCUGUCUGACUCACAGGUCAGAGCAUUUAGACAUACGAGCACACUAGCAGCCAUGAAGCUGAUGACGGCCUUGGUGAACGUCGCUCUGAACCUCAGCAUCAACAUGGACAACACACAGAGACAAUACGAGGCGGAAAGGAACAAAGUCGUUGCGAAAAGAGCCAACGAUAGGCUGGAGCUGUUGUUACAGAAGAGGAAAGAGCUUCAAGAAAAUCAAGAUGAAAUUGAAAACAUGAUGAACGCAAUUUUCAAGGGCGUGUUUGUUCACAGAUAUCGUGACGCCAUCGCUGAAAUCCGAGCCAUUUGUAUCGAGGAGAUCGGAGUGUGGAUGAAGCUGUACAGUGACGCCUUCCUCAACGACAGUUACCUGAAGUAUGUUGGCUGGACGAUGCACGACAAGCAAGGCGAGGUGCGGCUGAAGUGCCUGACUGCCCUGCAGGGUCUGUACUACAGCAGAGAGCUCGGUGCACGACUGGAGCUCUUCACGAGUCGCUUCAAGGAUCGCAUUGUGUCUAUGACUCUGGACAAAGAGUAUGAUGUUGCAGUGCAGGCUAUAAAACUUCUGACUCUUAUUUUACAAAGCAGCGAUGAGGUUCUGACUGCAGAGGAUUGUGAAAGCGUGUACCAUCUGGUUUACUCGGCACACCGACCCAUCGCUGUCUCAGCAGGAGAGUUUCUGUUUAAGAAGCUCUUCAGCCAUCGAGGUCCAGAUGAGGAGGGAUUACCCCGGAGGGGCAGGCAGAGCCUCAACGGCAGCCUCAUUAAAACCACGGUCUUCUUCUUCCUGGAGAGCGAGCUCCACGAGCAUGGGGCCUACUUGGUGGAUAGCUUGUGGGAGUGUGCCUCGGAGCUGCUGAAGGACUGGGAGACCAUGAUUAGCCUGCUGCUGGAUGAGGCCGUGCCAGGAGAGGAGGCGCUGACCGAUCGGCAGGAGACCGCUCUUGUCGAGAUCAUGAUCUGUGCCAUUCGGCAGGCCUGUGAAUGCCACCCUCCUGUAGGCAGAGGCACAGGGAAGAGGGUCCUGACGGCAAAGGAAAAGAAAACUCAGCUGGAUGAUCGGACGAGGAUCACAGAAAUGUUUGCAGUUGCUUUGCCUCUGUUAUUAGCGAAGUACUGUGUUGAUAUUGAUAAGGUGACCAAUUUACUACAAAUACCAAAGUACUUUGAUCUCGACAUCUACACUACAGGCCGGUUAGAAAAGCAUUUGGAUGCCUUGCUGCGGCAAGUCUGGGAGGUUGUGGACAAGCACACAGAUGUUGAAGUUCUCGAGGCCUGUUCAACCACCUACUACUACCUCUGCAAUGAUGAGUUCACCAUCUUCAACCGCGUGAACAUCGCUCGCUCACAGCUUCUCGAUGAGCUGGUAGACAAGUUCGACAGACUCCUGGAGGACUUCCUGCAGGAGGGUGAAGAACCAGAUGAAGAUGAUUCCUACCAGGUUCUGGCAACACUUAAGAAGAUCAGCGCUUUUCACAAUGCACAUGAUCUCUCAAAGUGGGACCUCUUCACAAGCAACUACAGGUUGCUCAACACAGGUCUGCAGAACGGAGAUAUGCUUGAGCAGAUCGUGAUCCAUGCAAUGCAGUGCACACAUUACAUCGUCCUGUGGAAUCUGGCCAAGGUGUCAGAUGGCAGUUCAAUAAAGGGUGAUAUGGUGACGCUGAGAAAGCAAAUGAGAGCUUUCUGUUUAAUGUGUCAGCGAUACUUGAACAGCAUCAACACAGCAGUUAAAGAGCAGGCUUUUACCAUACUGUGUGAUCUGCUGCUGAUCUUCAGUCACCAAAUGCUGUCGUCAGGCCGGGAACAUCUGGAGACUCUGGUCUACGUACCAGACUCCUCUCUGCAGGCAGAGCUGCUCAACUUCAUCCUGGAUCAUGUUUUCAUUGAUCAGGAUGAUGACAGCAACAGCACAGAUGGCCAACAGGAUGAUGAAGCCAGUAAAAUCGAAGCUCUUCACAAGCGGAGAAACCUUCUCGCUGCUUAUUGCAAAUUAAUCAUUUACAAUGUUGUUGAAAUGAAUACUGGAGCAGAUAUAUUUAAACAGUACAUGAGAUAUUACAACGAUUAUGGUGAUAUAAUCAAGGAAACGAUGAGUAAAACGAGACAAAUUGACAAAAUACAGUGUGCAAAGACGCUCAUAAUGAGCCUUCAAAAGUUAUUUAAUGAGAUGCUGUCUGAACUUGGCUUCAUGUUCGAUCGCUCGUCUUCAGCCUUCUGCGGCAUCAAAGAGCUCGCUCGACGCUUCUCCUUGACGUUCGGUUUGGAUCAGCUGAAAACGCGCGAAGCUGUUGCCAUGUUGCACAAAGAUGGGAUCGAGUUUGCGUUUAAAGAACUUAGUCCUCAAGGAGAAGGGGGUCCACCACUUAAUCUAGCAUUUUUGGAUAUCCUGAGCGAGUUCUCGAGCAAGCUGAUGCGACAGGAUAAGAGGACAGUUCACAUGUACCUGGAGCGAUUCAUGACGUUUCAGAUGGCUCUUCAGAGGGAGGACUGCUGGAUGCCCCUCAUUGCAUACAGGAACUCCCUGCAGGCCGGAGGAGAUGAUGACACCAUGUCUGUCAUCAGCGGGAUCAGCAGCCGGGGGUCCACCGUCAGGAGUAAGAAGUCCAAACCAGCCGCUGCAUGCAAAAGAAAAUUGCCUGAAGAGGAGAACAGCUGCAGCAGCAGUGAUGCAGUCUGGAUGAACCGUGAGCAGAGUGUGCCGACUCCAGUUAUGAUGCAUUCCCCCCACCUCACUUCCACGGUGCUGAGGGAUCCAAAGAAGAUGAGGCCAGAGGACAGCUACACGCCCACGUUCAGCAUGCCAGCAGAGCAGCACCCUCAUCAAGCUCUUCCUCCACAGCAGCACCUACUUCAUCAGCACCAGGCUGCCAUUGACUACAAUACCCAGGUUACUUGGAUGUUAACACAGAGGCAACAAGCUGAAGCCCGUCAGCACCAAGAGCGGGUUAGCAUGCACUACGCCAAGAUGAGGAACCACAUGCAGCAAGCCAUGCGUCGAGGGUCUGGAUUAAUGGAGGAUGAUGAGGAACCAAUUGUAGAGGAUGUGAUGAUGUCAUCAGAGGACCGCUUGGAAGACAUGAAUGAGGGCAUGGAUUUUAAUACAAUGGACAUCGAUUUGCCGGCAUCUAAAAAUCGAAGGGAAAGGACCGAACUGAAGACAGACUACUUUGAUCCUUCUUCCAUUAUGGAUGAUUCGGUCCUCAAUGUUUCCAUGUUCUAACUUGAACAUCAGAAUCAGACG